AUGGCGCCCCCUAGAGCACCGAGGGCCAUGGCUUCUCAGCCUGCGCGCGAAACUCGCAGCUCUACGACGGGUGCAAAGUCGCGCGGCGGCGGCGGCAUCCAAAAGCGAAGAGGCGGCAGGACAGCAACCGACAAGGACGGCGAUCUCGACAUGGGGAGCAGUGCUGGAGGAAGCGGCCCACGCCGAGCAAACAACAGAUCAUCUGCGGGUGAUUCCAAUAACUCGCGACCGCAAAGACCCACAAGAUCUGGCGGUCCUCCCACCAAGCCGGGCUCGAAAGUGCAUCAAGCCAUCGCCCGCCAUCUGGACACUGGAGAUGGAGCGGAUUUGGUAUCCAAGAGGAGACCUCAGAGCACAGGUCUCGUUUGGUUGAGUGUUAAGGGUUUGAAAGAAAGCAAGGCCGCGAAAAACGAGGAUGGCGGCCUGCGGGACCUACUCACAUUCUUGGAACGGAAAUCUACGACCCUAGCUGGUCGUCGAAAGACGGUAGUCAUCAAGAAGUCAAACAUAAGAGGGGACAUUGUCAAUGUUGCAGCAAGCAAAGAGGAUGCGGAGGAAAUUCUCAAAGUGAACACGUUCACCUUUGCCGGAACGCCUUUGGAGAUCACCGAUAGCGAAGGUUCCCUCGCGGAGGCAAAUAAGGCUUCGGUUGCGGCUCAAGAGACCAAACAGAAGGUCACCAACAUCAUGUCCCUCCGCUACGACAUCGACAACAAGCUCUUGAGACUCGACGCCCUUAACAAGGACGAGGGACUCAUUCAGAUGGGCAUGUUGGAGUCAAAGGACAGGGCCGAGAAGCUAUUCAAGGUCAUGAUGAGAAUUUGCGAUGAUCUUUUCAAGACGUCGCAAGCCAAGAUCGAUGCCAUCCACAGCAUUAGUCUUGCCAACAACGGCAUCGACACCGUCAUUCAAGUCGAGGACCUGGCAGACACAUUCCCCGACCUCAUGAACCUGGACCUCAGUGGAAACCAGAUUGCAACCAUCGAUGGCUUGUCAAGGUGGAGGGGAAAGCUUCGCAAGUUGGAGACCCUAUACUUGACUGGGAAUCCGCUUCCGCUUGCAGAUACCAAGGUCAUGGCGGAACUGCUGCAGUUCUUUCCAAAGCUGCAUAACAUCAACGGCGAGCAAUUGACGCCGGAACAAAUCAAACAAAUCAAGGAAGCGGGACGACCUCAGCCAAUCCCUCAACGCGGGCCCGAUUUCCGUGACACUAACGGCAUCGGCGAGGCUUUCCUCCUGGAAUUCUUUGUCGGCUUUGAUACCGACAGAACAGGUCUUCUCGCGAAGUACUACGACGACAACAGCCAGUUUUCAUACGCCGUCGACACCCACUCACUUCGCGAGCCGAAUCUGCCGCCACCGCUACCGUGGGCAUCCUACAUCAAGCAGUCACGCAACCUGCAGAAGAUUACCGGACCGGCUGCCCGAGCUGCCAGACUCUUCACUGGCAGGGAAGCUAUUUGGAACGUAUGGAACGAACUCCCUGCGUCAAAACACCCAGACAUCAAGGCCGACAUCAGCAAGUUCAUCAUGGAUUGUCACAUGCUACCUGGUCUCGCAGACCCAACCGGACAGCCUGGCGGCGGUGUCGACGGUAUGAUCAUCUGUGUUCAUGGCCAGUUUGAGGAGUGCGACAAGGACGGAAAGACGGGACUCAGGAGCUUUUCUCGCACAUUUGUUCUCGGACCUGGACGACCCGGCGCGAACCCCAUCCGCGUCGUUAGUGACAUGUUCAGCCUGAGAGCAUUCAAUCCCCUUCCCAACGUCUUCGUCGCCGAGAACCAGGCACCUCCUGCCCCGGAACCGCAACAACGCCAAGCCAUGAUUGCGGAACUAUCGAAACAGACGAACAUGACUCCCCAGUAUUCGGAGAUGUGUCUGUCCGACGUUGCAUGGGACUUUACAAGGGCUUUGGCAGUCUUCAACGAAAAGAAGGCCCAACUACCUGCGGAAGCCUUCGCCAGUGUUUAG